AAGAGACAGAGACAGAGACAGACAGAAAGCAAGAGAGAAGGGGAGCACAAUUCACUCGGUGAAUUGCCUGCGAGCUUGGGGCUGCUAAUUAGGGAUCUCAGCAGAGCAGUAUAACCCUCUCUCCUUCCAAUGGACAGAAUGGAGACAGUGGUUCAGUCCUGCUGAUAUUUUUUAAGCCCUCCUCGCAGUUUGAUGGGCAUUCCCAGUGCUUUUGUGCACGUCUCGGGAAGCGUUGACGUGGAAAGGAGCAGCGAGGAGGGGGAGGUUGGAGACAAAAACUGCAGCUCUUCUAAAAAUACGGAGGGCAUGCAAGAGUGUGAGCAGGCUGGGGAGGAGGGCGAGGUGGGUGCACCUUGCACCAUGUUCCCCGGGUGCCAACGUGGAGCAGUUUCGGAGAUGUCCCUCCUGUGACUGGACGCACCAUGAGCAUCUGGGAGGUGAUCCUGGCUUUCGUGGUGGUGGUGCUGAUGCUCGUGGCCCUGCUGGCCAACGUGCUGGUGCUGAUGUGCUUCCUGUACAGCGCUGACAUCCGCAAGCAGGUCCCAGGAUUGUUCAUCCUCAACCUCACCUUCUGCAACCUGUUGAUGACUGUUUUGAACAUGCCCCUGACCUUGGCUGGGAUCAUUUACAAGAGUCAACCAGGAGGAGAUCAGAUCUGCCACAUUGUGGGUUUCCUGGAGACUUUCCUCACCACAAACUCCAUGUUGAGCAUGGCAGCUUUGAGCAUUGACAGGUGGAUUGCUGUGGUCUUCCCUCUAAGUUAUCACUCCAAAAUGAGGUACAGAGAUGCUGCUCUCAUACUGAGCUACACGUGGUUGCACUCAGUGUCGUUCCCGAUAGUGGCAGCUUCUCUCUCCUGGGUGGGUUUCCAUCACCUCUAUGCCUCCUGCACCCUGUACAACAAGAGACCAGAGGAUAGGACACAGUUUGUGAUUUUCACUGGGGUCUUUCACACCCUCAGCUUCCUCCUCUCCCUUAUAGUCCUGUGUUUCACAUAUCUAAAAGUGCUGAAGGUGGCACGGUUUCACUGUAAGCGGAUUGAUGUGAUCACUAUGCAGACCCUGGUGCUGCUUGUGGACAUUCAUCCCAGCGUAAGAGAGCGUUGUCUAGAAGAACAAAAGAGGAGGAGGCAGCGAGCAACAAAGAAAAUAAGUACCUUUAUUGGUACUUUCAUACUUUGUUUUGCACCUUAUGUAAUUACAAGACUUGUUGAAUUAUCCUCUGCAGUCCACAUCAACUCCCACUGGGGAAUCAUUUCCAAGUGCUUAGCUUACAGCAAAGCUGUUUCAGACCCUUUUGUGUAUUCUUUGCUACGGCAUCAGUACAAGAAGACAUGGAAAGACAUCAUAAACAAGAUCCUCAAAAGAAGCUCCAUCAAUUCCUCUGCCCUCACGAGCGAAUCGCACAAUAGGAAUAUAUUGCAGCUGAACGAAUGAGGAGCCUGGUAUGGGACCUACAAGACACAUAACAUGAUAUAUAGGAAACAAAAGUAACUGGCCUAUCCCUAGUAUCCUCAGCUGUCAAGGUUUCGGGAGGCAGUCCUGGACAGGUUGAAGCCCAGCCCAUGUUCCUCCAGAAACCCAUGUAGCAUCUAAGGGAGGCAGGCUGUUUUGUACCUCCUGCCUCCGACUAAGAGUGUUAUCGAUCUGUGGUCCUGCAGGCUUCACUAAUACAAACCUCCCAUUGAUCUCCAUCAGCAGUUACACAUACAUAUAGGGGAAAAAACUAGUCUUCAACAAAAGGACUCAUGACAGUAAUGGGAGCAAACUGGUGCCAUCACAGGUUCAUUCUAAAAAGCCACAGAGGGAUAUUUGUGCUGCGUUUUUCACUGACUGCAGGUAACACUCCCUCCAAUGGGGAUGCCAACCUGGCUUAACAAAAACCACCCCAACCUAGUUCCUUGAGUAGGUCGUGUAUAGAACACCUCUUAACAGGAAAAGCUUAAUAGAAAUAUCUUUACCUAGAUACUCAUUGAGCCCAAAGCAUCUUUCAAAUUCUUCUAAUACACAGUUUUUGAACAAUCCUGUAGAACUGAAGGAAGAAAAUAUCACUUUGAAGUACUGUCUGGCUGGAUUCAGCCCUGUCUUCUCUAAGUUUUUCAAGUAAUUUCCACAGAAUCCCGUUAGUUUUCUCCCCAUUAAAUUACAGCAAAAUAGAAGUGGUAGACAGGAUGGAAAGGUCAUGAUGCCUCCUGCAUACCUUGCAGUAUAUCUGAGCUAUAAAGAGACAGAUUUUGCUCAAAGCUGGAGAACUGGGCCCUGGGCCUAAAGGAAAAAAUACCCCAAAGCACCAACCCCCUCAGAACCACCCACCAAACAACAAAACCUACGAAAAUAACCCCAAAAUUGCUUUUUCUAAUGUCAUUAAUUGUGGUUAUUUUGCCUACAGAUAUGUUACUUAAGGGAAAGAUGAGCCUAAAGCUGAGUUUGAAAGUAUAAUUUCCAAACCAAAUAGAGUAAAAAUAAUAGACCCCCCCCACUCCACCAUGAGUGCAGCCAAUCUGAAUCCACAUCUCAACAUGCAAAUCUCAGUUUUCAGUAUAGAUCUCAAUAGCUGUAGACUACAGUUAUGCACAGUAAAGUUAUUAGCGUUUACUAUGCCUUCAGUUCAGCCUACAGCUAAUAUAGGCUUAAAUACCAGUAAAAUUUUGAAAACCAGACCAAUCCUACAUGUCACCCUUCCUCAAACACCACCACCGUAUCUUCAUUUUUGCAAACAUGAUUUAGGUCAUUGGAAGUACGACUACAGCUAGUAGAUGGCUUCACAACUGUCAUGUAGACCUGUGAUGCUGAAGCCACCCUCUGGUGUCUAAUGGAGAAUUAGCUCUCCUGGGUAAUUUUCAGUGACAUCCCUCUCAAUUCAGUGAGCACACUAUGAAAUGAGACAGCUUUUGAAGUGUUUUCUUAUUAACUAAAUUGUAAAACAUCGAGGUCAAUAAUGAAUCAGGCUUUAUUUCUGUUCUGAUUUUUAGGAAUACUCAAUUUCUGAAACAAUUGGAAACAAAGCUUUUUUCCUCAUAAUCUCUUAAAAAAAAAAUCAGAUACAGAACUACUCAUUUCAAAUGCUUUAUAUUUUGACUGGCAAAAGACUUAGUACCAAAUCUGACCUUAAUUCUGCAUACAUUUUUCUACAGAAAGUGACAUAAAUUCCAAAAGACAACAGCAAGUUAACAUCAGAAAUAAAAUGAAUUUUUGCUGAAUAGGUCAAGAAAGCUGCUGUCCAGUGGCCAUAAAAAAAGAGUUUUUUUAGUAAGGGUAAAUACAUGCCCAGAUUUUGAAUAGUCUUGGUCAAUCAGGCUUCAUACAUGCAAUGACAGCUUAAAUAAUAGCUGAUAUAGCUGAAUAUUCGUGCUUAUAUUUUUCAUGUUAAGAAAAGAUGGUCAGCAUCAUAUUGAGAAAAUAAGGACCUCAGUACUAAAAACAUGGGAUUACAUUUUAGUUAUUACCUCCUGUGUCCCCCAGGCAAAGGGAACUGUUUGAUGCCUAUAGCUCUGCACAAUCCCUGACAGCAAAGGUUAAUGAGAUAAAACAGUACAUUUCCCAUCACUCAUUUCAAAUUAUCAAUAUCAGUCAGUUUGCAAACAUUAGCACGCUCCAUUUGGCAAACUCUGCCAUGAAUAGAAGUCUUUGAUAGAACAGACAUUAUGUAUUUGUUCAUACCUUGUAAAAAGUGUUGUGUGCUGAGGUUUCUGUCUUGUGAUUUAAAGCCCAGACA